CGGGGAAAGAGGGCUUAGUUUUGCAUGUUCCCAUCCAUCGCGCGCGACGCGGAAAAAGAGGGGCCCCCUUCUCCACCUCUCCUGUGUGCGAGGAACACCUCCACUGGUGAUCAGCCUCUGCCUGCGUGCAUGUCUCGUGGAAGGAAGCAGCGGCUGCAAACCUUUUUCUAGGACUGGGAAGCCCGUGUGUUUUUCUUUUUUUUUAAUUUCCUCCUUUUUUUUUUUUUUUUUCGUUUCCCCCCCUCUCACCUCCUCAUCUUCCUCGCAUUCAACAAGAAGUCCUGAAGGUUUUGGAUGCGGUGCUUCAGGGAUGUGGGCACUUUGAGAGCAGCAGCAUCACCCACAAACACAAACAACUGACAUCGAUUUUUUUUUCUCCUCUCUCUGAAUAGCACCCAAAAAAAAAAAAAAAAAAGGAAGAAGAAGAAGAAGAGGGGAGAAAAGAGGAACAAUAGCAACUCCCCAAAAAUAAUAUAUUGAACAAUUUACUUUUGGAUACGGCUCUAAGUCCAGCACUUUGAGAAUUGUUCACAUCGGACGGACUGAGGAGGGGAGGCAGAGCUGUGGACCAGCUUCCAGCAACUUUCAACCGCCUGCGAAAAAUCACAACAUUCCAAAAUAAAAGCCCGGAAGGAUAACGCGCUUGGACGUUUAUUUCUUUAAUUUCGCAGGAGGCUCCUGUUUUUUUUUUUUUUUUCUUUCUUUUCUUAAUUCUUUUAAAUUUUUUUUCCCAUCCCAAACGCAAAUUGUCCUAAAUGUUUGGGAUUCAGGAAACUAUACCGCGGGGUGGGACGACGAUGAAGGAGGAACCGCUGGGUGGACUGAACUCCGUGCGCUCCUGGAUGCACACAGCUGGGGUGGUGGACGCAAACACAGCCGCGCAAAGCGGUGUCGGCUUGGCACGGGCACAUUAUGAAAAGCAGCCCCCCUCCAACCUCAGAAAAUCCAAUUUUUUCCAUUUCGUCCUGGCGCUGUAUGACAGGCAGGGUCAGCCCGUGGAGAUCGAAAGGACAGCUUUUGUGGACUUUGUGGAGAAGGAAAAAGAACCAACCAGUGAAAAAACUAACAAUGGAAUACAUUACAAACUACAGUUAUUGUACAGCAACGGCGUCAGAACAGAACAGGAUCUUUACAUUCGGUUAAUCGAUUCCAUGACGAAACAGGCUAUAGUUUAUGAAGGUCAGGACAAGAAUCCAGAAAUGUGCAGAGUUCUUCUCACUCAUGAAAUCAUGUGCAGCCGAUGCUGUGACAAGAAAAGCUGUGGAAACAGGAACGAGACUCCAUCAGACCCUGUGAUCAUUGACAGAUUCUUCCUAAAGUUCUUUCUCAAGUGCAAUCAGAACUGUCUGAAGAAUGCAGGGAAUCCACGAGACAUGCGCAGAUUCCAGGUUGUCGUGUCAACGACCGUCAAUGUGGACGGUCAUGUCUUGGCUGUCUCUGACAACAUGUUUGUACACAACAAUUCCAAGCAUGGGCGAAGGGCUCGCAGACUCGACCCUUCAGAAGCAGCCACCCCAUGCAUCAAGGCUAUCAGCCCCAGCGAGGGAUGGACCACUGGAGGAGCCACUGUCAUCAUCAUUGGGGACAACUUUUUUGACGGCUUACAAGUCGUGUUCGGCACUAUGCUUGUAUGGAGCGAGCUGAUAACCCCCCACGCCAUCCGUGUUCAGACUCCGCCUCGGCACAUCCCUGGUGUUGUGGAAGUCACGCUGUCCUACAAGUCCAAGCAGUUCUGCAAAGGUGCCCCUGGGAGAUUUGUCUAUACUGCCCUGAAUGAGCCCACUAUCGACUAUGGUUUCCAGAGGCUGCAGAAGGUCAUCCCCAGGCACCCUGGCGAUCCUGAGAGGUUACCAAAGGAGGUGUUACUGAAGAGGGCGGCCGAUCUUGUUGAAGCCCUGUACGGAAUGCCCCACAACAACCAGGAGAUCAUUCUUAAGAGGGCGGCAGACAUCGCAGAGGCCCUGUACAGCGUUCCCCGCAACCACAACCAGAUCCCCUCUCUCGCUAACACAGCCUCCCACGGCAUGAUGGGAGUCAACUCCUUCAGCAGCCAGCUAGCAGUCAAUGUGUCUGAGUCACAAGGGAACGACCAAGUGGGCUACAGCCGGAACACCAGCAGCGUGUCCCCUCGGGGCUACAUCUCCAGCAGCACCCCACAGCAGUCGAGCUACAACACAGUCAGCAACAGCAUGAAUGGCUACGGCAAUGCCGGUAUGAACCUGGGAGUGCCAAGCUCCCCUGGGUUCCUCAACGGAUCCUCUGCCAACUCCCCAUAUGGAAUUAAACAAAAGAGCGCCUUCGCCCCUGUGGUCCGACCCCAGGCCUCCCCACCCCCCUCCUGCACCAGCGCCAACGGCAACGGACUGCAAGGUGAGCCCCCCUCACCCCCUCAUCCCUUCCCUACGGACUACUGGUCAGAUACCGCUGCUCAGGCCUCUGUCCGGUUUGCCAUGUCCGGCCUGGUCGUCCCUCCAAUGUAAAAGCACUUUUGUCAUCUCAAGCACUAGUCGACACACUACCACUUCACGGGACACCCCCCCACCCCCUCCCCACUCCCAAAGCACACUGCAAAAUGGUGGUGUAAUGUAUAGUCAACCGCUUGUUCUAAAGAAAGAAAAAAGUUCUUAUUUCUUUUUAAUGACUGCCACAACCUACGGGACAAAAAAAAAAAAAAAAAAGGAUUUCAU